UGGUUUACCGAUGGCCCAUCUCCACAUGUAGUAACACAGGAUGCAGAUAGGGCACAAAAUGUAUAUCCUAGUUAUUCAUCUGUUUUAAAUGAUAUUAAUAAUAAAAAUACUUUUUACCAUAAUGCACGUUAUAAAACUAAGCAAUCUACAGUAGCUUUAUUUAAGCAGGGAUCAACUUUCAAGGCUGAAACGAAACUUACUGGUGAUGAUCAAAAUCAAAUAUUGUUUAAGUCUAAAAACAAGCUAAUUAAAUCUUGGCCAAUCCUUGACAGUCAUUCCUACAAACCUUUGUCUAAUUUAAUAUCAACACAAAGUAUUGAAAAAAAUAAUAACUUACAAAACAAGACACAAUCAAAUGAAGCAAACUCUAAACGCUCUAUAUCUUCACCUCAAUUAUUUAUUAAGCCAACGACAAGAACUAAAGUAUAUCGAAAAGCAUCGUUAAAAUCAUCAACAAUGACUGAAUUUUCAGACGAAUUUUCUUUUAUCCACUUGAAUUCUAAUCAAAUUACUAAUCUAUCUAAUCGACAUCCAAGAGUACGAAGUAAUUCUCUACCAAAAGAAUCCAAAUCACACUCAGAUAUAGAUAAUAUACACAUAAGAUGUAAUCCUCUCUCUACACCAUACCCAUAUUCAACACUUUACCGGAAACUAUCUGUUGAGGACUUAUCUGAAUGCUCUCAUCAGCAGAAUAAAAAACCAUCUUACAUUACGUGUGGUAAAAUAUUUCCUAUUUUUGCUUUAUUUCCGCAAAACGUUGUCAGUCUCCAAUAUCUCAGCCCGAAAAUUAAAUUUUCGUGGUGGCGAAAUAAAAUUUCGUGAAGACACGCUUAAAUAUAUUAUCAUCAUUCUUUUUAAUUAUUAACUAUUAUUUUUAGUCUUAUUAUAAUUUUGAAUUAAAAUGAUUAUUCCUAUUA